UUUUUAUUAGUUAUUAAGUAGGCUGUGCUGUCUAUUCCUCUUCUAUAAAUUUUUGUACAUUCUACUAUUUGGUGUUUAAAAGAACUGUGUAAAAUUAUAAUAUGAACAUAGAUUUAGUUUUUUCGGAUGAAGACUUAGAUUUGGAAAUUGCAGAAAAUGAGCUUCGCCACCGAUUGCCUCGAGAGUUUAUUGGUCGCUUUUUUAACGAAGAUGUUUCUGACAACGUUUUUCGAGAGCAGUAUCGAGUCCCAAGAGCUGUAUUAGAUUUUUUAGAAACUAGGCUUAAAGAUGAUUUGCAACAUUACACUAAGCGAAAUAAAAGUAUUUCAGUACGUUUCCAGAUAAUGGUAUUUCUUCAUUUUAUCGGCACAAAUGUUUUUUUUCAUGUUCUCAGAGACUGUCAUGGAAUCUCUACCAACACAGUUUAUCGUAUUAUACACAGUGUAGGAGAAGCUAUUUUCAAUAUUCGACAAGAGAUCAUAAAAUGGCCCAAUGAUUGCUCCACUCUUCCACAAAAGUUUAUGGAAAUUGGAGGUUUUCCUAGCGUAUGUGGUGUCCUGGAUGGGUCUCAUAUACUCAUUUCUAACCCUCCUAACGCAGACGAAGAUUCUCUAAUCAAUCGCCAUCAUGUCCAUAGCAUAAAUGCAAUGGCUGUAUGUGGACCCGACACAUCCAUAUUUUAUGCAUCAACCAACAGUCCAGGAAGGUGGCAUGAUGCACACGUUCUAAGAAAUUGUAACCUAUGGAACAAGUUUGAAAUUGGAGAGCUUCCAUUUAAUGGAGCUGUAAUUUUGGCUGACUCUGCCUACCCAUGCCGAGAAUGGUUAAUUCCACCUUUUCCUAGUGAUCUAGGCAGAGCUCAAAAACGUUUCAACAUAGCACAGAGAAAAACUAGAAACAUAAUCGAGCGGUGUUUUGGCAUUAUAAAAAACAGGUUUUAUGCUUUGAAAACGGGAAUUCGUUUGCACAAGGUCGAAGAUGCCUCUAAGCUCAUCAUGUGUGGAUUUGUUAUCCAUAACUUGUGUAUUCGACAUGGAGACAACGGUAAUGACUUUGAAGAACGCAUAGAAGAACAAGUUGAUGAAAAUAUAUUUCAAGAAAAUCAGAAUGAUAUCGCUUUGAAUAGACGAUUACAGCUACUUUACAACUUUACUUAAAAAUAUUAUUUAAAAAAACUUUUGUCAAAUGCAAGAUAUUUUAUAAAAAUUAGAUCAUAAAAGCAUUUUAUAAUUGUUUUUUAGUAUUUGUAUUUUGUUUUUUUAUAGAACAAGCUUAAAAA